ACCGCGUCGCAGGUCGCGGCGGUGGCAGAGGCUGGCGGGAGGCUGUCAUGGGGCUGACAUAGGCUAACACGGAACGUCGCCCGCGGUCAGAAUCGCAACCCAGCUGAGCUGACAUCCUCGCUGGGCUAUAUAAGGAGCACGAGAAGCGUACGAACCGUUACCACACCUUCCCCUCCUACCACCAUCUCCUCCGCCUCUCCUCCCUUUCUCCCUUCCUCCGGCUCCUAAGCUGCAGUCUUCACUUAGCACGGUGAGCGGCUCUUCAUACAGGCAGGCCAUGCUCACCGUAUACCGUGCAGAUGAUUACAAGCGAGGUUUGCCUCGUCUCAUGUGGCUCUAUCCUCUUCCGCCCUCGUCGCGCUAUCGUGAGUACCCGUCUGCUCCGUUAUUCCAAGCUCACCGCGUUAUUACAAGCUCACCGUCUGCCAUGCAGGUAAAGGUGAGUGUGGUUUGUGGUUUGUGUUUCGUGGUUCAUGUUUCGUGGUUCGUGGUUCGUGGUUCGGGUUUCCUUGUUGCGGCGGCGCCGAAAGGCUGCUGUCCGCUCGCCCUCGUGCCGAGAGGCUGCGUGUGGCGUCGCCCCUGUGCCGAGAGGCUGCGGGAGGCUAUAAUGGUGCUCGGUCUUCAUGUCUGCGUCUCCGGUCACCGUCCCCCACCUGUAUCUCCUCAUCGCGCAUGUGCCGACCCAUCAUACCUGUUCACAUACCUCCGCUCCUGUCUUCGUAGGUAGAACCUGUGAUGCCUGUGCAGUCUGUACCAUUGAUGGUUCGGACACCCUCCAGUUGGCGCGUGUCAGCCAUCGGUGGUAUAGAUUGUGUAAGGAAGGCACUGACUUUGGCAUGGCUUGAUUUCC